UUGGGUCAUUGUGUUUCAGUCGUCCAGCGCCUUUCCUACCGAAAGGACCUCUCGUUUUCGUUGCGCAUUCGUAUUUUAUUUGAACGCAAGUGUCGACCAUGCAAACAACCCGAGCGGCGUUAACGGAUAUGGUGGAAACGCGGCCACAAAAGAAAGACAUUGACGGUCUGUCGAACGCGGCAGCUGUCCAGAUCUUUUCCGGUCUGAGUUGCAUCACUCUGCAGGUAUUUUUGUUGGUCAAUUAUCACGACGCGGACGAGAGCAUCCAACACAACGGAAACACAAUUUUCACACUUGCCGUUGGAUCUUUUGGCUUCCUCGCUGGCAUUUUCGGAUGUUUUGCCAGUGGUUCCAGGAAAUGGAUCAACUACGCUUACCUGGUCACGUCCUUGGGGGUGGUAGGGUCUAGCGUGUUGUACUUCCUGGCAGGAUAUUGGGACUUCUACAACGCAGUCAAAGAUUCUGGAAAAUUGUAUUACCUCACCGUAAACAAUCGCACAGAGGCGAUCCAACCGACGUUGCCUGUUGACGACGAGCUCCAUUUUUGGUUUCGCGCCGGACUUUUCCUUUGCGUCAUCGUCUUGGCGUUGUUCAGUUUGGCCGGCAUGGCCGUCGUGGCCUCUUACCGUAUCUGCAACGGCGGAUGGACCAAGAAGGACGACUACAAGAGCCUGCUGGCCCAGCAAGAGUAAUUCGUCACUUUCCAACCUGCCUAUAGCUAGCCGAGGACGUGUCGCUGUUAGAGUGUCCUCAAUUUAUUGUUUCAGUUCAAAAUGAAUCUUUAGUUAAGCUUGAUGCACGAGAGACCUUGUACAUAGACAAUAACGUAGUAGAAUUGAUAAACCCAUUAAGUGCCCUUGUCAUUCCGAGAAUCUCAUGUUCAAUAUACUUUGUCAUACGAUA